AUGCAAAAUAGUAAUUUACUUCGUCUUUUCGAAGAUCUAAUGAUCACAUCGAAAAAUGUUGAAUGUAUUGAAUUACUUGAACGUAUUCAUAUUGAAUUAUCCAAUAUAUCGUCAUCAAUUCAAUUUGAACAAGUUCAUCAACAUAUUCCAUGGGCACAUUUGUUUGAUUUACUUCGAUCGAAUAACGAUGAUGACGUCGAACGUCUUCUAUGUGCAAUUAUUGAACAUUUUAUAAAUAAUCUAUCUAUUGAACAAAUAAUGGCUAGUUUGUAUCCACUAUUAAAUACUGGUCUUGAUAAUCAAGUUGCAUUAUCUCAACGAGGCAAACUUUUAUGUUUAAAAGCAUUUGAAAAAUUGACCCGUUGCUCCACUGCAGAAUGUUUUUUUAUUAUACAAAAUGUAUUCCAACAUGCUCACAUUAAUGCACUUCUACAUCUUUUUCUUGAUAGUGAUCAACAAGUAUUAUGGUUAAAAUCGAAAGAAAUUCUUCAACAAAUGAUUCAUGCCAUAAGUCGUAUUGAAGAUCAAGAAAUAUUUCAAACUUAUUUACGAAAUGAAUAUUUUCACGAAUCAAAUCGAGAAAUUUUACUUUCAACAAAUAAACGAAAUGAAAUUGUAAAACUUCGUUUAUAUGAAUAUUUAAUUGAUUUAUGUUUAAUUGAACCACGCAUCUAUCGACAUAUUGCCGAAGAACAACAUCUACUCGAUUCAUUCUUAUAUGAUUGUACACAUAGUGAUAAUGAUAUAUUAUAUUUAAUGAAUUGUCUAGAAUUGUUAACAUCAUUAACGCAAAAACCUCAUACAUUAGCUUAUUUACAAAAUAAAACUGAUGUUAUGGAACAUUAUCUUCAUUUAUUAUUAUCAACAAAAGAUGGAAAUACUUAUUAUGAUUUAGUUAAACCAGGUUUUAUUAAAUUUUUCGGUUGUUAUUUACGUAAUUAUCUUGUGCUAAUUGAAACAAAUACAAUAAAUAAUCAACAAAAUCAAUUACUCGAACGAUUUCUACCAAUGCUCUUCGAUAUCCUUCUUCAAUCAGACUCAACUCCUUAUAUUGUCAUUGGUUUAGAUACGAUUGGUUUCAUUGGCAAAACAUCAAAUGGAAAAGAAUAUAUUCUUGCAAAUGCUAAAUUUGGUGAUUUUAUUGAAAAGUUAGUUCAAAUGAUACGUUCAUCUCAAUCUGAUAUGCGUAUUCGUGCACUUGUUUGUCUUGCUGAUUUAUUUCAUAUGCCACCAAAUAUGAAUUCGUCAUCAAAUGCACCGUCUUUUACUGAACAAAUUUAUCGUUUAUGUAAUCGUGUAUUUUCUAUUUUAACAAUAGUUGUUCAAAUAGCUAAGCAACCAUUUGUUGAUUUACGUCUUGCUGCUUAUCGAUGUUUAUUUGAAUUAACACGAUCACCAUGGGCAUUGUACGCUAUGAAUGCUGAACCUGGCUUUAUUGAAUUUCUUCUCAAUCGUUCAACAGAAAGAGAUAAAGAAGGAAAAGAAGCAAAAUUUUCUAUAAUUCAAUCGAUCUGUCAAAAUGUUGAAGAAGCUAAAUCAGCAAUUGGAAAUCCUAAUUAUUUAAAACUAAGACGAUAUAUUAACGAAGGAGUUUUCUAUGUUGAACCAGAGGCUAAUGUUGCGUUUGAUGGAUCGAACGAAUAA